CGGAUUGUACACAUUGAACAGCUGAUUCUGACGUUAUGGAAGUGCUUGACGUUCUCUGAAGAUUUGUCUCGAUUUUUUUUGCAAUCAAACGUUCGGUAAAACACAAUAAAAUGUUGAAACAUUCGGGUAUAAACCCAGCUUGUUACGUUCUUGAAAGACAGUAUCAAAAAAAGUGUGCGAUUCGAUCGAAAUUGUUUAGUGAACGAUUAGCUAACGCAAGAAGUUUAUAUAAAAAAGAUCUUUUUGCUCAUUAUGGGUGUGUGAAUGCUAUUGAAUUUUCUAACGACGGUGAACUAUUAAUAUCUGGCGGAGAUGACCGUCGAGUACUCCUCUGGACCAUGUUGAAUGCUCUCCAUGGAGAAGGCUCUCCUGUGUCCAUGCGAACAAACCAUUUGAGUAACAUUUUUUGUCUGGGGUUUGAUUCUAAAAAUACCAGAAUUUUUUCUGGUGGCAAUGAUGAUCAGCUCCUCAUUCAUGACAUCCAAACAAGACUUCUGGUGGAUAAAUUAAUCCAUAAGAAACCCAUAUAUGGUUUACAUGUGAACCCACAGAACGAUGAUAUUGUAGCAACUGCAGGAGAUGAUGGCAGGAUAUUAAUUUUUGACCUCAGAGAAACUUCUGAAUCAGGUUCAGGUGUGUGCUUAGCUAAACAAAAGACAGGUUUUCAUUCUGUUAUGUACAAUCCACAAAAUACAAUGUUAUUAACAACUGCAAAUGCAGAAGAGGGUAUAGCGCUUUGGGAUUGCAGAAAACCUAGAGAACCACUCAUACAUUAUGAUUCAGAAGCAGGUCCUGUGAGCGGAAUUAGUGCAUGUUUCAAUUCAUCAGGCACACACAUAUUGGCUUUGAGAAGGCGUUUACCGCCCGUUCUGUAUAACAGUCAACAAGAGGACAAUGUUUGCCAAUUUUAUCACCCUAAUUAUUACAAUUCUUGUACAAUGAAAACAUGUUGCUUCGCUGGGGAGAAUGAUGAGUAUGUUCUAAGUGGAUCUGAUGAUUUCAACCUUUACAUGUGGUCUAUUCCCAAAAAUAACAGUGAAUGGGGCUCUACACAUUUGGUGUUAGGAGGUCACAGGUCAAUAGUCAACCAAGUCAGGUAUAAUAAACAAAACAAUAUUAUAGCUUCUUCAGGUGUUGAAAAAAUGGUCAAGUUUUGGAGUACACUUCCUAUUGGCGACUGGGAAGGAUCAUUAUUGAACGAAGUGAGUGAACCAGAGAGAUCAGUUUACUCGCAUGAAGAAUACAUUCGUUUGGUUGGAGUAACAGGAGAGAGAAUAUCGCAUGACUAUAGCGAGCAUUCAAUUCUUGAAGACUCGAGGAUGAUGGCAUUUUUUGAUUCAUUGAUACAGAGGGAGAUAGAAGGAUGGGAAUCUAUGAAUAGCUCCAAUAACUCUGAUUCUGGAAGUGAUAAUUCAACUAAGAGUUAUACUGAAUUGAGUAAAGUCAUGUAUGUGAAUUCAAGGAAUUUGAAUGAAGAAACUAAAAAAAUGAAACAAAAUAGAAUUGCCCAGUUGAUUGAGCAGAAGAGGAAUAUCCUUGUUAAAAUGGCACAUGAUAAAUCAUUAAAAUAUCACAGAAAUGGUGCAGCAAAAAUAUCAAACAAACAAAUUCGGCCAUGUAAAUGCAAAAAUUCAAAGCAAAGUAAAAGUGCUUUUACAAAGAAGUCGCCAAGAAAAGAAUUGAGCAAUGAAAGGAAACACUCAAAAAAAGAGCCCUCUCCUGCGCGAGGCAAAUUAAAAAAAUAUAGAACAAGGGAGAGUUUGCGUGAUUUAAGUGAUAAUUUUGAUACUUCGAUAGAUACACCCAGUACAAGUACUGGAAUAACUAGUUCACACAAUAAUGUGUUUCGUGUAAUAGACCAGGAUUCCGAGGAAGAUACACCACCUAAUGGCUGUGUUGAAAGUAGCACCGUUCAAGAGGAAAAUCUUGUCAAUAUUCUUCCAACGCCUAUCAAUGGUACACAAGACACGUUUGUUCACACCCUAACUACUUAUUCGAACGAUACUUCAGGGACUACAAGAGACAAUUCAGUUGGUUCCCCAUCAACUUCGGUACAAAACAGAUAUCGAUAUGAUUCAGCAGUUUGCAUUGACGGAGGGUUAGAUAGGGCCUCUUCAAGCAACGAUGCAACUUCCAGCUUCCCUAGAAGUUCAUUCAACGGUUCAUAUCCACCAGUAGAUCUAAAUGAAGACAAUACAAACAGUGAUAGUGAUUGUGAUAUUGACUAUGUUACACCUGUUAAAAAGAGGUGCACUAUCAGUGAUUUAGAUAGUGGUUUUGCAACAGGACCAAGUUCCAGUAUGAACUCCUAUGAAAAAAAUUCUAGUAGCCACCAAGAGUGUUCAGAUGAUACUUCGUGUAGUUCCGACGAUGAACUGAAAUACGAGAGAUUUAGGAAACGCAUGAAGAAAAGUAGGAUAAACAAUAUCCGAAAAAAGAUAACAGAAGAUUCUGAUUCUAACUGAUGUUUUUAUUCGGAAUUUAAAAUCUUUACACUCAAAAAUCGCGAGUUAGUUUCUUCCUUGAAAUGAGCUAUAUUUGCGUUUUUUCUGAAUAUGUAUUUGAAAUUGUUAUGUUGUAACGAGUGAGUGAUCAGGAAUCCUAUUUUAACCGAUUUUAAUCCAAUUAUACAAAGUUGAUUUUAAAGCAAUGGGCAAGUUCUGAAACGCUUGCCAACAUUGUAAAUACUCCAAUAAACUCUUAUAGAAA